AUGUGCUAUGUGGGAAAAGCAACAAAGAUCUUCAUUUUUUUGGUGACAGUGUUGGUAGUGUUCGGGCUGGUUUUCGGAUUAGGCGUUCUCCGCCACGGCCUCCAUAAAUCCCACAAAUGCUCCGCCGAUUCGGAUUCCUGCAGCCCUCUCCCCUUCCCACCAAUUCAAUUCCCUAACCCCAGUUCCGGUUCGAACCAGCCCAGCUCACCAAAUCCCGAUCCAACUCUGACCCAGCCCAGCCCACCUAACGCCAAUUUCAACCCGCCUCCGCCGCCCAACCCAGAUUUAACCCCGUCUCCGCCGACGUCAACUUCAAGCCCGCCUCCUCCAACUCCGCCGACAACAAUUCUAAGCCCACCUCCGCCAACUCCGCCGACAUCAAUUCUGAGGCCACCUCCGCCAACAUCAAUUCUAAGCCCACCUCCGCCAACUCCACCGACAUCAAUUCUGAGGCCACCUCCGCCGACAUCAAUUCUAAGCCCACCUCCGCCAACUCCGCCGACAUCAAUUCUGUGGCCACCUCCGCCGUCAUCAAUUCUGAGUCCACCUCCGCCGACAUCAAUUCUGAGUCCACCUCCGCCUAACCCAACUUCCAAUCCGCCAUCUUUUCAGCCGUCUCCGCCAGCUACAAAGGCGGCGCCGCCGUUCAAUCCGCCAAGUGAAGCCCAGGUGACUGCAGGUCCUGCCCGUGUUUAG